AUGCGUGGUCCUUCUUUUGUGGUCUUCCCCAAGAUGUCGUGCAUGGAAGAAACCAGCAAUGCCUCAAGAUCUUGUACACCGCUACCUUCCGAAUGGAAACCGACUCAGUGGGAUAUAUCCGAGGCCAACCAAGUACCCGAUCGCGAGAAUAUCCAGUGCUUCAAAGUAGCACUAUUGCAAAGUCAGGAUGCGCAGGACUGCAAACCCCUGCUUCCAGCUACGGAUGAUCCAUUACCGGGGAUUGGCUAUUUGCAAAGCAGGCAGGACAUGCCAACUGGCCAGGCCACUUAUCCCCUGUCUCUUUUGUCCGAUCUGGUCAAUGCUAGUGGCUGGGACGACGUAUUAGAACGUUUGAAAUGUUCCUUUUCUGAGACAUUCAAGCGUCAUGUGUAUCUCAACGAGCUUGAUCUCUUCAGCUUUUCUCGCAAGGGUAUACGGCACCCCACGCCUCUCGUAUACGCACAAGCGUGCAUGUCUUCCCUCGUGUCAAGGAACGCAAGUUCUUUCAUACAUGACGAUUAUUCAAGCUCACCGCUCGCUGAGUCGGUAAACCUGUUCGUACUUGGUGUUAAACUUUGGAUUGUAACGGUGGAAAUGGACAACCGCGAGUCACGCAAUGAUGAAAUGCUUUUAGCGAGUUCCUUGCUCGCAACUUACGGUCUUCUGAGCGCAAAUCCAACAAUAUGGGAUGCAUCGCGCGCCUUGUUAGCAUAUGGAACAACGAUCCUGAAGCGGUUGCAAAUGAGCCCAAAACUCGGAUCAUGUCUUAGUAGCCCAAGGAGCCUUCAUAUCAGCUACACAUUUAUGGUCGACGUCCUUUCUGCCGCCCACUUCCAAACUUUACCCAGUCUGUCAACAACAGAGCUUUUUCUAGAACUUCCUUCCUCGGGAUACCAGUUUCAGCAGGUCUAUCGGCAACUGCUCAACAGCUAUGAACCACUGCCGAGCAACAUCCAUAGUCGAGAGGAUAUUUUACUCCUACUUGUCGCUUUGCUGUGCGACAUUAUUUAUAUCCAGCGCAAUGAUUUAGCUCACCGGAUGCGCUCAAAGGAUCCGCCUAUCAACCCGUUCACCCCUCUUUCUCGUUCCAGAGAGAGGGAGAGGCAACAAAAGUUGUUGUCGGGCGCACUUGACUGCUGGCAUCGACAUUUCGGGGAUAACGCCGACCAGAACAUUCUGGCACUCUUCUUUUUCUGCAAACUUGUGCUCUCUUGCCCCAUCCUCCCGCUUUUGUCCUGCAUAGCUGGAUACGCAGUCUUCCCGGGCAGUGGGCUACCAUCACAGGACAUGGUGCUAGCGUCUGGUUCUGAUCAAGUUUCUGUAUCAGGCGAUCCCGUGAAUUAUGCUUGGAAGGUUCUGGACCAUGUUGAUGUUUCUCAGAGAUCGUUGGACAGUCAGCUCCCUAUCUGGCUACCAAUUACUCUUUUUUCAUCCGCGCUCGUCGUUUGGCAGAACUUACGGGCACACUCUUCAUCUAGCAGGCAGUACGGGAGUCUUAAGGUUCUGAGGACGUUUAUCCAUGAGUUGAACCAACUCCCGUGGGGUUGUUGCCAGGUGAUGUCCUCUGUUCUACAGCGACUAAGUGUGGAAGCCUCCACCUGA